AUGGAGCGCACUGUGUUUUUCUUCCAAGAUGCCCGAGAUGCCCCACUUAGAAAGCCAGAGGAGAGCGAGUCCUGCAAGGCCAAAGAAGUCAUGGAGGAGCGGUUGAAAGGCAAGGAUCAUCAGCUGCAGUCCCAGGAAGUGGAGCUGCAACGAGGUGUCCGUGCCGUGGAGGACGCCAAAGUGGAGGGAGAACGUCGUUGGGCCAAGUCUCAGGACGAGGAAGUGGAUGACGAGGAAUUGGACACUGGAGAGAGGUUUCGAGGCUUCAUCCAUGAUCGCAUAGGUGACAAGAUGUUCGUGACUUGUGAUGGCGUUCCUCCCGAGUUUGCAGAUCGACCUCCAAAGAUCACCAAGAAGAGUCAAGCUCCAGCGGGUCUCGAUGUUGGCAGUUGGAUUACCUUCAAUUUGCUGGAUGAGUGGCCAGGUGAGAACUGGGGGUCCCUCCUGGCCGUCGACAUCGAGGAAACGGAGCCAGACCCCGACGAGGCGCUCAGCAGCGCCGUGGCGCUGGAGGCCGCCGGCUUCACGGCCACCGGCGAGGGGAUGAUGCGGCCCAGGGCCAAGGCGGCGCGCAAGGCCCGUAACGGCCGCGGAGCGCCGUGGCCGCGGGGCAAAGGCGGAGACCGGGCCUCCCUGGCGGCCGCGGCGGAGAGGCUGCGGGCGGUGACGCAAAACAGGACGGCGCCGGGCAAACCCGCAGCCACGGCCACCAUCCGGCGUGCGCCGGUCCAGACGCGGGCCACGCCUGUGGCGGCCAUGGCCGGUGGCGAUACAGGCCUCACCAAGUCGGGUGCGGUGGCGGCCUUCCGGCAAGCGAGGGAAGCAGGCCGCCACUUCGACUCGGGCUGGUCGAAGACAGGGCCAGGGCCGGCGCCAAAAGCCUGGGUCCCGAAGAACACGCUGCGGGGCAAGCGCCUCAGCAGCCAAGAUCUGCUGCCGUGGAUCCUGGGUUCCUUGGACGCCCGCCACGUCUGGCGCGUCGCCCGGGGCUGCGCGGAGCUGCGCAGAACGGCCACGAGGCCGCAGAGUUUGCUGACGCUGGCGGAGAGCUGCAAGGUCAUGGAAUCGAAAGAUCCGUCAGUUCGAGCUAUGCUGCCAAAGGAGAAACAAGAGUGGACCCUGGAACGCCUGCAUUUGUGCCAAGAGCCACCGUGUUUGGCAGCCAUAAGUUUUGCCUUCGCCAGUGAUGCCAUCACCAUCAAUGCACAUCAUGAGCUGGAAAGGAUUGCAGGGAUUCUCGUGAAGCAUCCGGGCCUGAGGCUGAGCAUCGUCGGCACGGCCCGCCCUGACGCGCCGCCGGAGCUGGGCCUGGCGCUGUCGCAGGCGCGCGCGGUGCGGGUGCGGUCGCACCUGCUGGGUCUGCUGUCGGAGCUGUCGGAGCUGAGCAGCUGCCAGUGGCAGGAGGAGGAGGCCAUGGACUGCGGCGUGCGUGCAGGUGGCUAUGACGAGGGUGAAGAGAUCGAGGAUGCCUUAGCCUUCUAUAGCUGCCAGCGUUGGGUGGGGGACCGCAUUCGGGCCAUUGGGCGUUGGGAGCGUCACCGCAUGCGGGCGCACCUGCUGUGCUACAGCACUGGGCAGUGCGCCACGAUUGACGUUGCGGGCUUUGACUGGGGAGCCUUUAUAGAAAAACGUCCCCGAUACUUGGACACCCUGCACUUCGCGAUGCCUGCAGCCGUUGUUGGCUCCAGGGCCGAUCAGAUUAGGAAGGUCUUCUUGGAGGCACCAGAGGAUUUGAGCGCCGAGGAUGUGCAAAGCAUGGAGGAGAGCCGGGAGGCGCAGGAGAUCAGCGUGGAGAUGCCGGAGCAGGUGCUGGAUGCGUUUCCGCCCAUCUCCUCCUUUGAGGACCUGCAAGGCAUCCUUCCAGACUAUGCCUACGAGGGCCUCAAUGCUAUGGGCAUUGAGGUGCCUAUGCCCAUCCAGGCCAGCUGGCCGCUGAUGGCCCUGGCGGGCCUGGACGUGGUCGGCAUCGCCAAGACCGGCAGUGGCAAAACUUUGGCCUACGUGCUGCCGGCCUUGGCGCACCUCGAGGCGCAAGCGCCCAAGCCCAAAGGUCAAGGGACGCCCUUGGUGCAGACACACUUCAAGCCUGGCCGAGAGUUGCAACCGUGCAGCAAACACGACAAGAAAGAACAACAGUUCCUUCAACAAGCAGCAAAGGCAGGGAAAAGUGAUGACUUGCUAUCUAUGCAAAAUUCACCAACCGAGUACUUUCACUUGCUGGAGAAGUUCUGCGAGAGAAAUGUGAGAGGGAGGCCUUCAGAAGCCCGCUUGGAUUGGAGCCUUGUGGCCUUGGUCCUGGCGCCCACGCGGGAGCUGGCGGUGCAGAUCGCCGACAUGGCCAAAGCGGUGACCCAAUUCUCCGGCAGUGGCAGCAAUCAUCCAGGCGGUCUGUCCUCGGCAGUUCUUUAUGGUGGUGGCCAGGGAAGCAAAGCCUGGCAGGUGGCGGAUGUCCGAAACGCAGGGCAUCUGGUGGCGGCAACACCGGGGCGCUUGUUGGAUGUCAUGGAUAGCAGCGAGGUGACCUUGGAGCGGGUGACCUUGCUGGUGCUGGACGAGGCGGAUCGGAUGUUGGAGUGCGGCUUCGAGGAGCAGGUGGGGCGCAUUGGAAAGACUGUCCGAAGUGACCGACAGACGCUGUUCUUUUCGGCGACAUGGCCCACUCAAGUGCAGCACAUGGCUCAACUAAUGUGCAGCAGCGAUCUGCCACCGGUGCGCAUCCUGGCGGGCCAGCGGACGGAUGGAGAAGGACCCACUUCGCGAGAGGAUAUCCUGCAGGAGGUGGUGGUCUUUGAGCAGCCCACAUGGGAGGAACGAGACAAUGCGAAGCAGGAACUUCUGUACGCGCACUUAAGAGAGGUUUUAUCGGACGAGUCGCACAAGACCUUGGUAUUUGUGAGCCGCAAAAAUUUGGCGGACACACUGGCGAACCGUUUGAAAAGCGAAGGCUUCCGUGCCAAUGUCAUGCAUGGGGGCAAGAGCCAAGAUUCGCGACUGAAUACCUUGGAGGGCUUCCGGAAUGGCGAGAUCCAACUGCUGGUGACCACCGACGUCAUGGGCCGCGGAUUGGACAUCCCCGGCAUCUCUCACGUGCCGACUAUGUGCAUCGCAUCGGGCGCACAGCCCGUGGUCCCUAUGGUCAAGGGCAUGCCUGGAGCACCCAGCCAGAUGUUGACACCAAAGAUGAAGGCGCUGACCUUCUACGAGUAUGACAAGAAGUGGCCGAAGCUGCCAAGGAAACUAGUGGACGUCUUGGAGCAAUCUGGUCAAGAGGUCCCGCCAGAACUGGUGGCCCUGGCAGAGGGAUGCGGCCAGGAUGGCCCUGUUGGCAAUAUACGCAAACCGCAGGCGGAGAAGGGAUUUGCAGCCAACUUAGGUGAGGGUCUCUUCGCACUGGAGGGGCUGCGGAAGAAAAGAGAUGCAGUGAAGAGUCUUCAAGAGAAGUUGGAUGAGAAGGUGAGACUGGAGCACCAGUUGAAGGAAAAGGUCUGCAUUCUGGAGUCGCAGGUGCAGCAGCAUCUGGCCGAGGCAUCGCGACUGCGGCAGGACGUGCUGAGACUGCAGACGCUGGCGGAUGAGCGCGGACUGACGGUGGAGAAGGUGCAGAAGCGCGAAGACAACUCCUCUGAGAAGGCCUCUGAAAUGCAGAAGCGUUUGCAGGAGACACAGAGCGCCCUGCUGACGGAACGUGGGAAGCUCCAAGAGACGGAAGUGGAGCUCUACCGCGCCCGGGAGUCCCUGUCCUCCGCGCGGAAAGAAGCGGACGAAGUGAAGCGAACGGAAGAGGCGGCGCGGCGUGAGGCCAUCCGGCGCAGCGACGAGAAGCUGGCGCAGGAACUGAGCCACACCCAGCAGUUGUUGGCCAAUCGGGUGUCGCGGGCAGAGGAGCAGGUGGCGGAACGCGACGCCGAGAUCCUGCGUUUGGAUCGAGAGCUGACGCAAUGCCGGGGAUAUCUGGCGCAGCGCGAGCGAGAAGCCUCCCAGCUCGGGAGCCCCAGUGGUUACCAUAGGGUGGAGCCCCAAUUCCCAUAUAGCAAACAAUAUAUUGGAAUAUUAACAAUCAUCAUUGAUGAUAAUUAUAUCUGA